AUGAACAAUAAUCAAAGAAAGAGCGGUUCAAGACGAUCUAACCAUGAUCAAAACCGUCAAUGGGCAGCCCUCCGUCGUCGCUAUGACUGGAAUGAUUCUUACGACGGUACUGUAGCUCCCAGAGAUCUUGAAUUAGAAAAUGACCUUUUUGGAGAAGAAAACCACAUUCACACCGGAAUAAAUUUCGACAAAUAUGCAAAUAUUAAGGUCACCGUCAAACCCGGAUGUAUAACUCCAAUAUCUUCCUUUGACGUGGCUAGUCUUGAUCCAUUAAUGAAAGACAUUAUUAGAUUAGCAAGAUAUUCUAUUCCUACUCCGGUUCAGAGAUAUUCUAUACCCAUUAUCACUGAGGGAAGAGAUCUUAUGGCUUGUGCUCAAACUGGCUCUGGUAAAACGGCGGCAUUCUUGAUUCCCAUUUUAUCUAAACUAUUUGGAAAGGCAAAAAUUCUCGCCGCUCCCAGACCCCGUCCGGACGCACGUAGAUUUAAAGUCGAACCUUUGGUUCUAAUUCUUGGACCUACGCGAGAAUUGGUCACCCAAAUAUUUGACGAAUGCCGUCGAUUUACUUAUAGAAGCAUGUUGAGACCAUGCGUUGUAUAUGGGGGUGCUGAAAUUAUUCCGCAGAAGAAUGAGUUGGCCAAAGGUUGCGACAUUUUAUCGGCGACUCCGGGUCGAAUUAUUGAUUUAUUCGAAAGGGGCUUUAUUAGUCUUCGCCGAGUCAAGUACCUUGUUCUUGAUGAAGCUGAUCGUAUGUUGGAUUUGGGGUUUGAGCCUAAAAUCAGGAAUAUCGUACAAAAAUCAGAUUUAUGUGAUGAAGGAACUAGACAAACCCUCAUGUAUUCUGCCACAUUCCCAAAGCCUGUCCGCAAACUGGCUAAAGAUUUUUUAUCAAAGGAUUACGCAUUCUUAACAGUUGGCCGAGUGGGUGGAACCACGAGCGAUAUCACCCAAAAGGUUAUAUAUGUUAAAGAACAAAAUAAACGUGAUUGUCUUGUCGAGUUAUUGCUAAAACAGCCACCAUCCAGAACUCUUAUAUUUGUUGAGACAAAGCGUGGAGCGGACUCUCUUGAUAACUUUUUAUACAACCGGGAUUUUCCAACAACCAGUAUUCAUGGGGAUCGUUCACAAAGAGAAAGAGAAGAUGCAUUAAUUUCCUUUAAGAGUGGACGAUCACCCAUAUUAAUUGCCACCGCCGUGGCAGCUCGAGGUCUUGACAUCAAAGAUGUAAUGCAUGUCGUUAAUUACGACCUUUGCAACCAAAUAGAUGAAUACGUUCACCGUAUUGGAAGAACGGCUCGAGUUGGUAAUCAAGGGUUGGCCACAAGCUUUUAUAACGAAAGAAAUGCUAUAAUUGCUUACGAUUUAGUUAAGAUUCUGAUAGAGUAUAAUCAGAAAGUUCCUGAUUUUUUAAAGCAUUAUAAGGAUUAG